AGGGGAGGCUCUGUAAGACCAAAAAGGUCCAAAGAUUCCCGGAGGCCUCCUCUUGUUCCCAGUCAUCGCAGGGUAUAUACACCCUGUCUUUUACUCUCCCCUAAUCCCCACUAUUAUUUACUCCAAAACACACACUCACACACUCACUUCUUUGAAUUUCCUUCACAUGCCUCACCACCAUAUCUACUGAGAGAGAGAACGAGAGAGAGAGGGAGAGACAGAGAGAGCAAUCAAUCUACUCACCCAACCCCACGAUCCCAUUUGUAUAUAUAAUCUCUCUCACAUAAUCAUCGACCCCAGUUCUUUAAUUUCACAUUAAUCAUGCCAUCAGGUGCUAAGAAAAGAAAAGCUGCCAAGAAGAAACAGCUUCAACACAUUACACACUCUCAUGGGGAGGAUGUGAAGCACUUUGAUGAAAAGGAGAGUGAUGGUGGGGAGGUUAGUUCUCCUGCUUCUCGGGAUGAGUCCGGGAAUUCGUUUGGGAAGGGAGAGGGGGUUGAGUUGGGGAAGACGGAGGAUGGUUCAUCGGGUCAAGUAGUUGGUCCCGGGAGUGAUUCUUUGGAACAAGAGGAUGCACAGAAAGUUGGUACAAAGGAAGAGAGCGGUGUUCAGGUUGAGUGGGAGUUGAAGUUGGAGGAUGAUCACAAAAGCAAUAAUAUAAGUAUUGAAUCUGCAGAGGAGGUGCAUGGUGAAGGGUCAUCAAGCGGAAGUAGUAGUAGCAGUAGUAGUUCUGAUGAUGAAUCUCAAGAGGUUGAAAAGAAUACAGCUGUAGUUGAAACUGGACUGGUCGUUGAUGCAGAUGAGCCUGUUGAAACUGGACAGGUUCAUGACUCCGUUGAGUUUGUUGAGACUUUGGCUGAAGUUGUAAGUCAAGUAAUCGAAAAUGUUGAAGUAGAAGAAAAUGUUGAUAAAGUUGUUGAAACCGGUUCUUCUCUUAAGCUUGAUGAUUCAUUAUCAAGCAUAGUAAAUCAAGUAAGUGAUAGCAUCCCGGCUAGAGAGACUGAUAAUAAAGUUGCUGAAGCUGUGCAUAUUGUUGAAUUAGCUGAGCCUGCCGACUGUUCCUCGGAAGUGGUAUAUAAGGUGAAUGACACUGUUCAGAACGGAGAGACUCGUAAUGGGGAUGUUGAAGUGGCCCCUUUGGUAGAAUCAGUGAAGAGCCCAUUGAUGGAAGAGACAGUUGAAGUGAUUGAGAGUGCUUCAACUGAAAAUCCUAAUACUUCUUGUUCGGUUGAACUGAGUUCCCCUGAAGUGGGAGAGAAAAGGAUACUUACACUGGUUGAAAACAAUGCUGUUUCCCCUGAAUUGGUGGAUUCAGGAUCAGAGGAUAAGGAGCUUACAACAUCAGAAGAAACAGUAGUGUACUCAGAGGCAAAGGCUUCUAUUGCUGAAACACAGGAAGACAAACUUGAGCUAUCAUAUAAUUCUUUUGUUGGCAAUACUAGUAACGGUGCAGUGCCUGUUCCAGAUUAUCAGAAUCCUGAAUCCGCUGAUAAUAAGCCCCCUGUAGCUUCUACAUCACAAGCAGUGCAGAAGACUUCCAUGAAGAGUUGCUGUGGGUUAUUUGAAUUGUUUACAAGCUCUGACAGAUAAUUCAGGUCACUAGCUUUAUAUAUAAAGAGGGGAUAGAUUUGCUGGAUUGUAGAAUGCAAGCACGGAUCCUAGAAGUUUUUUAUACAACCUUUCAUCCCUAAAAAAAUAAUAGCAGGGGCCUGACCAUGCAAGAACCAGUUAAGGUUCUUGGUAGUGGAACAUGUUUUUCUGUUAAACGGUUUACAGUCCUUUUUUGUUUUUCUUUCGUUUUUUUGGUUCUAUACAGUGAUGUUCCCUGGUUCUUUUUCUUUCUUUUAUGGUUUAUGUACAAACUAUAUUUAGUCGACCGAGAGUAUUCGGUUCGAGUGCUGGGUUUUUGAGGAUUAGUCCAUUAUUGAUAUAUACUCUAUAAGUUUUAAGAUGAUAUUUGAUGUAUUAAGAUUGUUUGAUGUGAA